AUGGGCAGCAAGAAAAAAAUCCAUAGUUUCCAGAAAAUUUCAAUUGUUGGACCAUGCACGCUAAAGUUGAAAGAGCUUUUUGGAAAAGUAGCCAAGUAUGCACUUGGUUUCUUCUUAAUGUAUGCUCUGUGCAAUAUAUCGCACUUCCUGUUAAAGCCAUAUUCUCAGCCUCGCAUUACCUCUGACACCGUUAUAGGACUGCUCAUUGGAAACAUAGGGUUCAUACGCAAUCAAGUAACAGAUUCAGCGAGUAAAACAUUGAAUUUCAUAGUUGAUUUUGGCAUGAUCUGCUAUAUGUUUGUGUUAGGCAUAGAAAUGGAUCCGUAUAUACUCUUUAAAGAACCAACCAAGGAUGCUAAGGUGGCCUAUUGUGGUAUGCUCUCCACAUUCAUCCUAGCCUGUGCCAUAACCCCAUUUAUGCAUUUUACAGAAGGUUUCAAGGUCGACUUCACUCUCUCCCUCUCCACGGUCCUCUCUAGCACAGCCUCUCCGGUACUGACACGUCUGAUAACAAGUCUCAAAAUAGGAAAGUCAGACAUAGGCCAGCUGGUCAUUGCUGCAGGAAUGCAUGCUGAUUUUGUAACCACUCUUCUCCUCUCCAUUGGCUAUGUCUUUUGCCCUGUCGAAUCUGGAGAUAAAGUUGUAGAGACUUCAAAGCGCGUUUGGAGAUCCAUUGAAAUGGGUUCUGCAUUAGUAAUCCAGACACUUUUUGCAGCAUAUGUUUCACCAUUCUUCAUGAACUGGGUCAACAAUGAAAACCCGCAAGGCAAACCCAUAAAAGGUUCACACCUAGUGCUUGCUCUUGCUUUCAUGGCCUUGGUCAUUUCCUGCUCACCAAUUUAUGGAUAUAGUCCUGUUUUGAGUGCAUUUAUGGCAGGAACCUUUUUACCAAGGGAGGGGAGAGUCUCAAAAUGGGUAGUAGGCAAGAUCAAUUACUUGUUAACUACCAUUUUCUAUCCCAUUUUUUUCUUUUGGAUGGGGUAUGAAGCUGUGUUCAGGGAUUUUCAACCUGGCCAAUUCGGGACAUGGGGAAGGUUAUUUGUAGUUUUUGCUAUAGCAACAAUUGGAAAAGUUACUGGAACAGUCAUCUCUGGAAAGCUGUUGGGGUUUAACUGGCCGGAAUCUGUAGCACUUGGGCUUCUUCUCACUACCAAAGGCCAUUUUCACAUAUACUUAGCCAUUGCUGCAAAAACAGCUGGGAAAACGUCUACUUCAACCAGCACUGUGAUGGUGAUAGCUAUCUUUUUCACUGUUGUGCACGCCCCAUCAGUCGUGGCACAAAUCAUCAAGCGUGCAAGGAAACGGGUACCUACUCAUCGAAUGUCGCUUCAGUUGCUUGAUCCUUCAAGUGAACUCCGCAUAUUGCUAUGCCUUAAUGGGCCUCAAAAUGUGCGUACUACCAUUAACUUCAUUGAGAUAUCUAGAGGGACAGUUGACCCUGGUAUUGUGGUAUAUGUAACCGACAUGAUAGAACUCACAGACGAAAUCGCAGCCACACUGGUCAAAGAAGAAGAAGUGGACACCAUGACUGUGACUCACACAGGAGUAAAAGAAAUGAGAGAUCAAGUCACUACUGCAGUUCAAACCUAUGUAGGGGAGAGCGGAGAAGGUAUCACACUUAGACGAUUGCUUGCACUCUCGACUUUCAAUGGCAUGCCCCAGGAUAUUUGCAUUUUGGCAGAGGACUCAAUGGUAGCCCUCAUCAUAUUGCCAUUUCACAAGGUCCAACGCCCAGAUGGAACCUUGGAUAAUGGUCAUUCUGGUUUCAGAUAUGUGAACCGUAAGGUCCUCAAGAAUGCUCCGUGCUCUGUGGGAAUUCUUGUAGACAGAGGUCUUGGAUUGAUUGAAAAACUACCAAGAGCUUGUGAUCAUUCUGUCAGUGUGGCAGUCAUCUUCAUUGGUGGUAAAGACGAUAGAGAAGCACUUGCCUAUGCUGGUCGCGUAGCACGACAUUCAGGUGUAAAACUCACAGUCAUAAGAUUCUUGGUUGACGCUAGCUCAGAGGCAGCAACCAGACCUGGGAAUUACACAGUCAGCCGUUCUGAGAAAGAAGAGGAAAUGAAGCUUGAUGAUGAGUGCUUUGCUAGCUUCUAUGAGAGACAUGUGUCAUGUGGGCAAGUUGCUUACAUGGAGAAGCAUCUUGCCAAUUCUGCUGAAACCUAUACUACCUUGAGGGCAUUGGAUGGGCAGUACUCACUCAUUAUAGUGGGAAGAGGGGAAAGAGUGAAUUCGGUUUUGACGUUUGGGAUGAAUGACUGGCAGCAAUGUCCAGAGUUGGGUCCAAUUGGGGAUGUUCUAUCAGGUUCUGAUUUCUCAGUCAUAACUUCAGUUUUGAUCAUCCAAGAAAACAGUCUAAAAGGACAAUUAGAUGGGCUUGAUGAUGACUUUUCUAUCAUGUAAAUGUAUCAAACAUAGCAAAAGAUAGCUUUAGAGUUUUAGAUACCAAUUGUAGCAAGGAACCAAAUGGUCUGUGAAAAUCAUAGUUUGUAGAAAUUUAGGAGCCAUUUGAAAAAGAAAAGAAAUGGCAGGAAAAAGAGGUUAGAAAUUACAGAGGUAGUGUAAACUGUAAAUCAACAAAAGAAUGGUUG